CUUAUUCCCUUUUUGCAUCAACCUGCACUUGAGAUUCGUGCUAUUGCUGUUCACCACCUUGUUCCUUACACUCCUAAUGACAACCAAUACCGUCAUUUGUUACUUGAGCAAAAGCAUGUUGUCUGUAAGGAUCUCAAAGCUUUAUGUAAAGAAGAUCCUGUUACUGCUCAUGACGCCCUUCGUUGUCUGAUCAAUCUGUCAAGUGAUCCUCUUGUUCAACAGGAAUUAGACGACGCAGAUUUUGUGAAGCAUAUUGGAUUGUUGAUUACAAAUGCUAAAUCUGUGCUUGCUGAUCUUGCUUGUAUGCUCUUAUCCAACAUGACAAAGUAUGAGCCUACUUGUGUCAAAGUCAUUCAAGCUACAGCAGAACCUAUUGAUCUAUGUCAAUCCACACGUUUUUUAGAUCAGCUUGUUGAAGUCUUCCACAAGGGAUACAAGAAGGAAUACAACCCUGAAGCAGAAUACCAUUUCUUGGCAAGUGUAUUCUCCAAUGUGUCUAGUAUCCGUCUUGGUCGUGUGUUUAUGGUUGAGCGUGCUCAGGUAGAUAAGUUGUCUCCUCUCAGCAAAAUUCAAAUCUUUACUGAAGAUGCCAAUGUCAUUCGUCGUGGUGGUGCUGACUCGACCAUCAAGAAUUGUUGUUUUGAAACAAGAGAACAUGAACGCUUGUUGGAUGUGGACGAUAUCAAUGUUUUGCCGUUUAUUUUGUUACCUUUAUGUGGUAAUGAAGAAUACGACAUAGAAGAAUUUGAGCAGUUUCCUGAAGAAAUUCAAAUGUUGGAUGAUGAUAAG